AUGACUAACUACGAAUAUUCGUCAUACUCAUCAUCAGCCGGUGGUGCUGCUGGUGGACUCGAUGCUUCAGGAGCAGCUUUCUCCAACGUUGAUGCCAACAAAGAUGGCUCAAUCGAUCGAGCUGAAUUUGCCAACUGGCUCGGUGGUGCUGCUGGCGGUGCUGGCGGUGCUGGUGGUGCUGCAUUCGGUGUAGGUUUAGGAGGAGCUGGUGGUAGUUAUGAAUCGUCAUCGUUCGGAUCAUCAAACUAUUCCACAGGAGGUGCUCUUGGUGUUGAUGCCGGUCUUGUCGGUCUUGGUGGUCUUGGUGGUCUCGGAGGCGCUUCUUAUGAAUCAGCAACCUAUUCAUCAGGUGCUGGUCUUGAUCUUGGCCUUGCUGGUGGUGCUGGUGGUGCUGGUGGCUUUCAAACAGCAACAUAUGAAGCAGGUGCUGGUGGUGGUUAUGAUGUUUCAGCCGUUAACCAAGCAGCUAGCUAUACAGCUGAAACCAAUGCUGCCUGGUCACGAUAUGGUGCCGAGGUACGUGGUGCUGGUCUCUAUGUUGAUGCCAAUCCACAAAUCAUUCGACGACAAGCACCAGGUGGUGUUCAAACCUACACACAAAACAUCCGAGUUCGCUUUCUCCAACCACCACCUGUUCCACCUCCAGGCCCACUCAUCAUCAGAGAAGUGCGCCCACCUCAACCACCACUUCCACCCCCACUUCGCAUCAGACAACAAGCACCACCUCUUCCACAACCUCCUCCACUCGUUCUUCGUGAAAGACCACCACAACCACCAGCUGCUGUUGCUUCACAAACAGUUAUCAAACGACUUGCUGCUUUACCUGUACCUCCACGAUCAGUUAUCAUUGAACGUCUUCCAGCAGCUCCACCCCGACCACGUGAUAUCAUCAUCGAACGUUGGAUUCCAUAUGGUCCUGCUCCCAAACGACAAACCGUUGUUCAAAGAGCUGCAUCAGCCAGAGGAUAUCCUGCACCACGUAAUGUUAUCAUUCAAUACGAACAAGCUCCAGUUCGUGUUGUUCGACAAUUCGUACGAUUGGGUGUUACACAAGAAAGCCCAGCUCUUUAUGUUCAACGAUAUGGCGCUGCUCUACUCGAUGCUCAAAGUCUUCUUGCACAAGCUCGUGCUGCUGGUGUUGUUGAAGACAUCUCUCCUCCUGCUGGUGCUGUAGUUGGUUAUACCGCAUCAUCAUUUGGCUCAGAUGCAUCCCUCCUUGCCGGUGGUGGUGCUGGUGGAGCUGAAUUUGUUAAUGUAGCUGGUGGAGAUUUAGGUGGUGCUUCAUCAUCAUUCUCAUCAAGCACCUUCGAAUCAUCCGCAGCCGGUGGACUCGGUGGUCUCGUUGGUGGUGGAUUAGAAGCUACAUAUGUUGGAGGAGCUGGUGCAGGUUUAGCCGGAGGAGCUGGUUUAGGUGUCGCCGGAGGACUUGGUGGUGGCUAUUCAUCAAGCUAUGAAUCAUCAUAUUUAUCAGGUGCUGGUGGUGCUGAAGGAUAUGGUGUUGGUCUUGGCGUUGGUGGUGUUGGUCUUGGCGUUGGUGGUGCUGGUCUUGGCGUUGGUGGUACUGGUGCUGGUUUUGAUGUUGCUGCUGCAAGUUUCAAUAGCGCCGAUAUAAACAAGGAUGGACGUCUUGAUGCUGGUGAAUUCCAAAAAUUCGUUCAAGGCGGUUUAUAA